AUGCAUCACAAAGAAGUUGCGCCGCCGAAAUUGAACAUGUUGGCCGCUGCUGCCCCUGCAAAGAAGAAACAACUAAUUCGCCACCAUCAACAGCUCCCACUCAAAACACAUUGCCUACACAUACACCUCCCAGCCGAGGACCGUCUACAAGUCAAUCUGAGAACGAAGGAUCCACGACCAGCCAAGCUGAGAACGAAGGAUCCACUGCAAGCCAAGCUGAGAACGAAGAAUCCACUACAAGCCAAGCUGAGAAUGAAGGAUCCACUACAAGCCAAGCUGAGAACGAAGGAUCCACUACAAACCAAGCUGAGAACGAAGAAUCCACUACAAGCCAAGCUGAGAACGAAGAAUCCACUACAAGCCAAGCUGAGAACGAGGGAUCCACUACAAGCCAAGCUGAGAACGAGGGAUCCACUACAAGUCAAGCUGAGAACGAAGGAUCGUCUACAAGUCAAGCUGAGAACGAAGGAUCCACUACAAGCCAAGCUGAGAACGAAGAAUCCACUACAAGCCAAGCUGAGAACGAAGGAUCCACUACAAGCCAAGCCGAGAACGAGGGAUCCACGACAAGCCAAGCUGAGAAUGAAGGAUCCACGUCAAGCCAGGCUGAUAAUGAAGGAUCCACUACAAGUCAAGCUGAGAACGAGGGAUCCUCUACAAGUCAAGCUGAGAACGAGGGAUCCUCUACAAGUCAAGCUGAGAACGAGGGAUCCUCUACAAGCCAAGCUGAGAACGAGGGAUCCUCUACAAGUCAAGCUGAGAACGAGGGAUCCUCUACAAGUCAAGCUGAGAACGAGGGAUCCUCUACAAGUCAAGCUGAGAACGAAGGAUCCACUACAAGCCAAGCUGAGAACGAAGGAUCCACUACAAGCCAAGCUGAGAACGAAGAAUCCACUACAAGCCAAGCUGAGAACGAAGAAUCCACUACAAGCCAAGCUGAGAAUGAAGGAUCCACGUCAAGCCAGGCUGAUAAUGAAGGAUCCACGCCAAGCCAGGCUGAUAAUGAAGGAUCCACUACAAGUCAAGCUGAGAACGAGGGAUCCUCUACAAGCCAAGCUGAGAACGAGGGAUCCUCUACAAGUCAAGCUGAGAACGAGGGAUCCUCUACAAGUCAAGCUGAGAACGAGGGAUCCUCUACAAGCCAAGCUGAGAACGAGGGAUCCUCUACAAGUCAAGCUGAGAACGAGGGAUCCUCUACAAGUCAAGCUGAGAACGAGGGAUCCUCUACAAGUCAAGCUGAGAACGAAGGAUCCACUACAAGCCAAGCUGAGAACGAAGAAUCCACUACAAGCCAAGCUGAGAACGAAGGAUCCACUACAAGCCAAGCCGAGAACGAGGGAUCCACGUCAAGCCAGGCUGAUAAUGAAGGAUCCACUACAAGUCAAGCUGAGAACGAGGGAUCCUCUACAAGUCAAGCUGAGAACGAGGGAUCCUCUACAAGUCAAGCUGAGAACGAGGGAUCCUCUACAAGUCAAGCUGAGAACGAAGGAUCCACUACAAGCCAAGCUGAGAACGAAGGAUCCACUACAAGCCAAGCUGAGAACGAAGAAUCCACUACAAGCCAAGCUGAGAACGAAGAAUCCACUACAAGCCAAGCUGAGAAUGAAGGAUCCACGUCAAGCCAGGCUGAUAAUGAAGGAUCCACGCCAAGCCAGGCUGAUAAUGAAGGAUCCACUACAAGUCAAGGUGAGAACAAGGGAUCCUCUACAAGCCAAGCUGAGAACGAGGGAUCCUCUACAAGCCAAGCUGAGAAGGAAGGAUCCACGUCAAGCCAGCCUGAUAAUGAAGGAUCCACUACAAGUCAAGCUGAGAAUGAAGGAUCCACGUCAAGCCAGGCUGAUAAUGAAGGAUCUACGUCAAGCCAGGCUGAGAAUGAAGGAUCCACGUCAAGCCAGGCUGAUAAUGAAGGAUCCACGUCAAGCCAGGCUGAUAAUGAAGGAUCCACUACAAGUCAAGGUGAGAACGAGGGAUCCUCUACAAGCCAAGCUGAGAACGAGGGAUCCACUACAAGCCAAGCUGAGAAUGAAGGAUCCACGUCAAGCCAGGCUGAUAAUGAAGGAUCCACUACAAGUCAAGCUGAGAACGAAGAAUCCACUACAAGCCAAGCUGAGAAUGAAGGAUCCACGUCAAGCCAGGCUGAUAAUGAAGGAUCCACUACAAGUCAAGCUGAGAACGAGGGAUCCUCUACAAGUCAAGCUGAGAACGAGGGAUCCUCUACAAGUCAAGCUCAGAACGAGGGAUCCUCUACAAGCCAAGCUGAGAACGAGGGAUCCUCUACAAGUCAAGCUGAGAACGAGGGAUCCUCUACAAGUCAAGCUGAGAACGAGGGAUCCUCUACAAGUCAAGCUGAGAACGAAGGAUCCACUACAAGCCAAGCUGAGAACGAAGAAUCCACUACAAGCCAAGCUGAGAACGAAGGAUCCACUACAAGCCAAGCCGAGAACGAGGGAUCCACGUCAAGCCAGGCUGAUAAUGAAGGAUCCACUACAAGUCAAGCUGAGAACGAGGGAUCCUCUACAAGUCAAGCUGAGAACGAGGGAUCCUCUACAAGUCAAGCUGAGAACGAAGGAUCCACUACAAGCCAAGCUGAGAACGAAGGAUCCACUACAAGCCAAGCUGAGAACGAAGAAUCCACUACAAGCCAAGCUGAGAACGAAGAAUCCACUACAAGCCAAGCUGAGAAUGAAGGAUCCACGUCAAGCCAGGCUGAUAAUGAAGGAUCCACGCCAAGCCAGGCUGAUAAUGAAGGAUCCACUACAAGUCAAGGUGAGAACAAGGGAUCCUCUACAAGCCAAGCUGAGAACGAGGGAUCCUCUACAAGCCAAGCUGAGAAGGAAGGAUCCACGUCAAGCCAGCCUGAUAAUGAAGGAUCCACUACAAGUCAAGCUGAGAAUGAAGGAUCCACGUCAAGCCAGGCUGAUAAUGAAGGAUCUACGUCAAGCCAGGCUGAGAAUGAAGGAUCCACGUCAAGCCAGGCUGAUAAUGAAGGAUCCACGUCAAGCCAGGCUGAUAAUGAAGGAUCCACUACAAGUCAAGGUGAGAACGAGGGAUCCUCUACAAGCCAAGCUGAGAACGAGGGAUCCUCUACAAGCCAAGCUGAGAAUGAAGGAUCCACGUCAAGCCAGCCUGAUAAUGAAGGAUCCACUACAAGUCAAGCUGAGAACGAGGGAUCCUCUACAAGUCAAGCUGAGAACGAGGGAUCCUCUACAAGUCAAGCUGAGAACGAGGGAUCCUCUACAAGUCAAGCUGAGAACGAAGGAUCCACUACAAGCCAAGCUGAGAACGAAGAAUCCACUACAAGCCAAGCUGAGAACGAAGAAUCCACUACAAGCCAAGCUGAGAGUGAAGGAUCCACGUCAAGCCAGGCUGAUAAUGAAGGAUCCACGUCAAGCCAGGCUGAUAAUGAAGGAUCCACUACAAGUCAAGGUGAGAACGAGGGAUCCUCUACAAGCCAAGCUGAGAACGAGGGAUCCUCUACAAGCCAAGCUGAGAAUGAAGGAUCCACGUCAAGCCAGCCUGAUAAUGAAGGAUCCACUACAAGUCAAGCUGAGAAUGAAGGAUCCACGUCAAGCCAGGCUGAUAAUGAAGGAUCUACGUCAAGCCAGGCUGAGAAUGAAGGAUCCACGUCAAGCCAGGCUGAUAAUGAAGGAUCCACGUCAAGCCAGGCUGAUAAUGAAGGAUCCACUACAAGUCAAGGUGAGAACGAGGGAUCCUCUACAAGCCAAGCUGAGAACGAGGGAUCCUCUACAAGCCAAGCUGAGAAUGAAGGAUCCACGUCAAGCCAGCCUGAUAAUGAAGGAUCCACUACAAGUCAAGCUGAGAAUGAAGGAUCCACGUCAAGCCAGGCUGAUAAUGAAGGAUCUACGUCAAGCCAAGCUGAGAACGAGGGAUCCUCUACAAGUCAAGCUGAGAACGAAGGAUCCACUACAAGCCAAGCUGAGAACGAAGGAUCCACUACAAGCCAAGCCGAGAACGAGGGAUCCACGACAAGCCAAGCUGAGAACGAGGGAUCCUCUACAAGUCAAGCUGAGAACGAAGGAUCCACUACAAGCCAAGCUGAGAACGAAGAAUCCACUACAAGCCAAGCUGAGAAUGAAGGAUCCACGUCAAGCCAGGCUGAUAAUGAAGGAUCCACUACAAGUCAAGCUGAGAACGAGGGAUCCUCUACAAGUCAAGCUGAGAAUGAAGCAUCCACGUCAAGCCAGGCUGAUAAUGAAGGAUCCACUACAAGUCAAGCUGAGAACGAGGGAUCCUCUACAAGUCAAGCUGAGAACGAGGGAUCCUCUACAAGUCAAGCUGAGAAUGAAGGAUCCACGUCAAGCCAGGCUGAUAAUGAAGGAUCCACGUCAAGCCAGGCUGAUAAUGAAGGAUCCACUACAAGUCAAGCUGAGAACGAGGGAUCCUCUACAAGUCAAGCUGAGAACGAGGGAUCCUCUACAAGUCAAGCUGAGAACGAGGGAUCCUCUACAAGUCAAGCUGAGAACGAGGGAUCCUCUACAAGUCAAGCUGAGAAUGAAGCAUCCACGUCAAGCCAGGCUGAUAAUGAAGGAUCCACUACAAGUCAAGCUGAGAACGAGGGAUCCUCUACAAGUCAAGCUGAGAACGAGGGAUCCUCUACAAGUCAAGCUGAGAAUGAAGCAUCCACGUCAAGCCAGGCUGAUAAUGAAGGAUCCACUACAAGUCAAGCUGAGAACGAGGGAUCCUCUACAAGUCAAGCUGAGAACGAGGGAUCCUCUACAAGUCAAGCUGAGAAUGAAGGAUCCACGUCAAGCCAGGCUGAUAAUGAAGGAUCCACGUCAAGCCAGGCUGAUAAUGAAGGAUCCACGUCAAGCCAGGCUGAUAAUGAAGGAUCCACUACAAGUCAAGCUGAGAACGAGGGAUCCUUUACAAGUCAAGCUGAGAACGAGGGAUCCUCUACAAGUCAAGCUGAGAACGAAGGAUCCACUACAAGCCAAGCUGAGAACGAAGAAUCCACUACAAGCCAAGCUGAGAAUGAAGGAUCCACGUCAAGCCAGGCUGAUAAUGAAGGAUCCACUACAAGUCAAGCUGAGAACGAGGGAUCCUCUACAAGUCAAGCUGAGAACGAGGGAUCCUCUACAAGUCAAGCUGAGAAUGAAGGAUCCACGUCAAGCCAGGCUGAGAAUGAAGGAUCCACGUCAAGCCAGGCUGAUAAUGAAGGAUCCACGUCAAGCCAGGCUGAUAAUGAAGGAUCCACUACAAGUCAAGCUGAGAACGAGGGAUCCUCUACAAGUCAAGCUGAGAACGAGGGAUCCUCUACAAGCCAAGCUGAGAACGAGGGAUCCUCUACAAGUCAAGCUGAGAACGAAGGAUCCACUACAAGCCAAGCCGAGAACGAGGGAUCCACGACAAGCCAAGCUGAGAACGAGGGAUCCUCUACAAGUCAAGCUGAGAACGAAGGAUCCACUACAAGCCAAGCUGAGAACGAAGGAUCCACUACAAGCCAAGCUGAGAACGAAGGAUCCACUACAAGUCAAGCUGAGAACGAAGGAUCCUCUACAAGUCAAGCUGAGAACGAAGGAUCCACUACAAGCCAAGCUGAGAACGAGGGAUCAUCUACAAGUCAAGCUGAGAACGAAGGAUCCACUACAAGCCAAGCUGAGAACAAAGAAUCCACUACAAGCCAAGCUGAGAACAAAGAAUCCACUACAAGCCAAGCUGAGAAAGAAGGAUCCACUACAAGCCAAGCUGAGAACGAAGGAUCCCCUGCAAGCCAAGCUGAGAACGAGGGAUCUUCUACUAGUUCUUCGGAUUCCAGUGAUUCUUCCUUUUCCAGCUCAUCUGCUAGUUCUGAUUCUAAUGAGCAUUUUGACAACGGCAGCACCGUAA